AUGGUGUCCAAGGAGACACGAUGGUCCAAGGAGAAGAGAGAGGAAAUUCUGCGGUUGACUCAGGUGGCAAUUAAGAAGGUGCUUAACAACUGCCUCCAGAUGCCUGACUGGGCUCUGGGAGCCAUAGGUGCCACCAUCGAUGAGGAGAGGACAUCCAAGAGUUAUGGUGGGCAAGGCAAGAGGACCUGGUGGCUUUCUCCAUUUGGCUUCUUUUCUGCGAACCCUCCAGAGACAAUCUUGCAGCCCCGUAUUGCCCCUGGCAACUGCUGGGCUUUCCAAGGAUCUCAGGGCCAUGUGGUCAUCUGGCUGCCUGAGCAGAUCUGGCCAAGGGCUUCCACCAUCCGGCAUAUCUCCAAGGCAGUCUCUCCUUCAGGGGAAGUCAGCAGCACCCCCAAAGAGUUUGCUGUCUCUGGAGUGGAUGAGGCAACGGCAGAAACUCUCCUGGGGACAUUCACCUCUGACGUGCACAAGGAGAUUGCCUAGACAUUCCAUGUGUAG